ACAGACCCUGGGACCACAGCAGCCACUGAAGAGUUGAGUCUGUGGAGUGGACUGAAGCAGCAUAAGUCACCACAGGUUCUUGAGACAUGACUCCUGCUGUCUUUGUGGUGAUUCUGUGCUUUGGACUGGCCUUAGGUGCUUCAGUACAUGAUCCUAAUUUGGAUGCUCAAUGGGAAGAAUGGAAGGAGAAAUAUAAAAAAAAUUACAGCCCGGAGGUAGAAGCAGUGAGAAGAGCAAUAUGGGAAGAAAAUAUGAGAAUUGUCAAACUGCACAAUGGGGAGAAUGGUCUGGGAAAAAAUGGCUUCACCAUGGAACUGAACUCCUUUGGUGACCUGACUGGUGGAGAAUUCAGAAACCCAAUGGCUGAUAUUCCAGUUCCAGCUGCCCUGACAGUGGAAAGAAAAGACAAAAAAAUAGUUGAUGGUCUACCCAAAUUUAAGAACUGGAUAAAUGAAGGCUAUGUGACUCCUGUAAGAAACCAGGGUACAUGCGGCUCUUGUUGGGCUUUUGCUGCAACUGGUGCCAUAGAAGGACAGAUGUUCUGGAAAACUGGCAAACUCACCCCUCUGAGUGUGCAGAACCUAGUGGACUGUUCUGAGAAGCAAGGAAAUAAAGGUUGUGCUCAGGGCAGUGCAUUCCGUGCCUUCAUGUAUGUUAAUGAAACUAAAGGUCUCCAGGAUGAGAUUUCCUAUCCAUAUGAAGGAAAACAAGGAACCUGCAGGUACAAUAGUUCGAAUUCUAGAGCGUAUGUCACAGACUUUAGGCUCCUCCCACAGAAUGAAAUUUACUUACUGGUUGCUGUAGCAUCAAUAGGGCCCGUCGCUGCAGCAGUUGAUGCUUCCCAGGACUCUUUCAGGUUCUACCGUGGAGGUAUUUAUUAUGAGCCAAAAUGCAGUCAGUAUUCUGUGAAUCAUGCAGUUUUGGUAGUUGGUUAUGGAUAUGAAGGAAAUGAGACAGAUGGCAAGGAUUACUGGCUGAUCAAGAACAGCUGGGGUGAAAAUUGGGGCAUGAGAGGCUACAUGAAGAUUGCCAGAGAUCGUAACAACCACUGUGGAAUUGCUUCACAAGCUUCCUUUGUUGAUAUAUUCUGAACUGCCUGGUAGCCACAAGGCAGGACAUGGUGAAGACAGCAUUUAGUGGAGUGCAUUCCAAUUCAUAGUGACCAGCCAUUGCUGAGUGUAUUCAACAGUUCAGCUGAUGAAGUUCCACAUUGUGGUGUGGAUUCUGAAACUUGCUUGCUCUAUUUCAACAUUGCAAUUACUGUAAUUAAUGCUCUGUAUGGAUGUGUCUUCAUGAUUACUACAGCAACUUGAGUUUCACUUUUAAUUUUUGUGCGAAUUGUGUCUUUUAGAAAGGUUAAAUUCAAAUAUAAUUUCUAGCUUCUUUCUGC